GGCAUUUUUGUUUAUCUUAGAUUUUUUGGGACAAAAAGUUCUUGUGAUGAGAUGGGUACGAGUCUACCACGCAAGAGCAUCAAACAGUAAAUAAGUUUUCAGAACAGCAAGGAUUACAAGAUAAUCAGGGAACGCUUCAUAUAAAAGUUCUUCGCUUUUAGAUAUGGAAACCGAGAAGAAGCUCAGCGAACACCUCUUUUAUUUAAUUUAGCUGAAAUAGAAAAGUUGGAAUCUGCCUAUCAUCUAAUCCAAAACCAAGAACUUUCUGUUUCAUGGAGUGUUUGCUUUGCAGUACAGUUAUACAUACAAUGUUCUUCUGAUUUUGACAGCUGCAGAACGGCAUGUUGAGGGUCUUUACAUUUUUGGCCUGUAUUAAUGCAUGCUAUCGUUAGCUGCGGGGUUCUUAAUAUAUUCUCAAGCCUUUGGAAUUUCAUAUGUAUAUGUCAAGAAUAAGAUUCUGAGCUUCUUAAAUUGGAAAAAUGGCCAUGGCUUCUUCUGUGAAAGUGGUUCUUGGCUCAAUUGCCUUUGCAGUCUUUUGGGUAUUGGCAGUGUUCCCGGCUGUCCCUUUUCUGCCAAUUGGGAGAACUGCAGGGUCCCUCCUAGGAGCAAUGCUUAUGGUUAUUUUCAGAGUCUUAACUCCUGACCAAGCAUAUGCUGCUAUUGAUCUCCCAAUCCUUGGUCUUUUGUUUGGGACAAUGGUUGUCAGUAUUUACCUUGAAAGAGCAGAUAUGUUCAAAUAUUUGGGUAAGUUGCUCUUGUGGAAAACCCAAGGAGCAAAGGAUCUGCUCUGUCGAAUCUGCUUGAUUUCUGCAAUUUCCAGUGCUCUCUUCACCAAUGAUACCUCUUGCGUGGUUUUGACUGAAUUUGUUUUAAAAGUUGCAAAACAGCAUAACCUCCCACCUCAUCCAUUCCUACUUGCCCUUGCCUCAAGUGCAAAUAUUGGGUCUGCAGCAACUCCAAUUGGUAAUCCUCAGAACUUGGUUAUAGCUGUUCAGAGUAAGAUUCCUUUCGGAAAAUUUGUGAUCGGAAUUCUCCCUGCAAUGCUUGUGGGAAUUUUUGUGAACGCUUUAAUCCUUUUAUGUAUGUUCUGGAGAUUGUUGUCUGUUCAUAAGGACGAGGAAGAUCCAGCUGGAGAAGUUGUUGUAGAAGAGGACGUAAGUUCUCAUCGGUUUUCACCAGCCACAUUGUCACAUAGUGCAUCCUUAAAAUCCCAAGAAUGGAACUCUAGAUUAGAAACCGCAGAUGUGAAAAGUUCUCCAAAUUUUAGUGGGAACAUAGAUAAUGUUGAGACUCUUAGAAACCGUUUACCUUCAAGUGAGAAUGAAAUAAACAACGUUCAUAGUGGUGCUUUGGACUCUGCAAGAAAUUCAAUUGCAUCAAAAGAGGAGAUAGUUGAUGUGUCUUCUCACAAAAGGGAGGAAACGAUCCUAUCGGAAAGGGCUGCGUCAAACAAUACACUGAGAGAUGCAUGUCCUACAGAGUCUUUGGAAGGGAAGGAAAAUCUGACCACAAGAUGGAAAAGAUUGCUGUGGAAAUCUGGUGUUUACCUUGUUACUGUAGGAAUGCUGAUUGCAUUGCUUAUGGGCCUGAAUAUGUCAUGGUGUGCAAUUACUGCUGCACUUGCUCUAGUGGUUCUUGAUUUCACAGAUGCUCGGCCAAGCCUAGAAAAGGUCUCGUAUUCACUUUUAGUUUUCUUCUGUGGAAUGUUUAUAACCGUCGAAGGGUUUAACAAAACUGGUAUUCCAAGCGCUCUCUGGGACUUCAUGGAGCCCCAUGCACAUAUUGAUCGUGCUACUGGGAUAGCUGUUCUUGCCCUUACCAUACUUGUGCUAUCAAAUUUGGCUUCAAAUGUACCAACUGUUCUGUUGCUUGGAGCACGGGUGGCAGCAUCGGCGGCUGCAAUUUCUGCGGCAGAGGAGAAGAAGGCAUGGCUCCUUUUAGCUUGGGUGAGCACGGUGGCAGGAAAUCUAUCACUGUUGGGAUCGGCAGCCAACUUGAUAGUGUGUGAACAGGCUCGCCAAUCCCCAUACCUUGCAUACACUUUAUCCUUCUGGAGUCAUCUUAAAUUUGGCGUCCCCUCCACUCUUUUAGUUACUGCCAUUGGUUUGACACUGAUAAGAUGAUUGAUCAUGUUUUCCCUGGUUGGUGCGUUUGAUUUAAUCAAUCUUGUUGUAAGUGAAACUUUUGUACAAAGGAAAGAUCAAUGUCAAUGAAAACAUAAAACCAAAAAACAAAAAUCGUCAACCUUUUGGAA